CAUGAGCUGUAUCGAGCUUCUGGAAAGUUUGAGCUCCUGGACCGCAUCCUGCCAAAACUUCAUGCUACAAAUCACAGAGUUCUACUUUUCUGCCAAAUGACCACUCUUAUGACAAUCAUGGAGGACUACUUCAGCUACCGCAACUUCCAGUACUUGCGUCUUGAUGGAACAACAAAGGCUGACGACCGAGCAGCUUUGCUGAAGAAAUUUAACGAGGAAGGGUCUCAGUACUUCGUCUUCCUGCUCAGUACCAGAGCCGGUGGACUCGGUCUCAACCUGCAGGCUGCCGACACUGUUGUCAUUUUUGACAGUGACUGGAACCCACACCAGGACCUUCAGGCUCAGGACCGGGCUCACCGCAUCGGUCAGCAGAACGAGGUGCGUGUCCUGCGUCUCUGCACCGUUAACAGCGUGGAGGAGAAAAUCUUGGCAGCCGCCAAAUACAAACUAAACGUGGAUCAGAAGGUCAUCCAGGCAGGCAUGUUUGACCAGAAGUCCUCCAGCCACGAGCGACGUGCCUUCCUGCAGGCCAUUUUAGAGCACGAGGAGCAGAAUGAGGAAGAAGAUGAAGUCCCCGAUGAUGAGACCCUUAACCAGAUGAUAGCCCGCAACGAAGAUGAGUUUGAGCUCUUCAUGCGUAUGGAUAUGGACCGCCGCCGGGAGCAUGCGAGGAACCCAAAGCGAAAGCCUCGUCUCAUGGAGGAGGACGAGUUGCCCUCUUGGAUCAUUAAAGAUGAUGCCGAGGUUGAGCGGCUCACAUACGAAGAGGAGGAGGAGAAGAUGUUUGGGCGAGGAUCACGUUGCCGCCGGGAUGUGGACUACAGUGACGCACUGACUGAAAAACAGUGGCUACGGGCCGUUGAGGAUGGAAACCUGGAGGAGAUGGAGGAGGAGAUCCGUCUGAAAAAGCGCAGACGCAAGAGGCGUCAGGACAAGGACUCAUCGAGCAGAGAGGAUGGGAGCUCCAAGGCCAAGAAGAAACGAGGACGUCCACCAGCUGAGAAACUCUCCCCCAACCCCCCCAAACUCACCAAGCAAAUGAACACCAUCAUCGAUACAGUCAUCAACUACAGAGAUGGGGCUGGACGACAACUGAGUGAGGUCUUUGUGCAGUUACCAUCCAGGAAGGAGCUCCCAGAAUAUUAUGAACUUAUCAGAAAACCCGUGGACUUUAAAAAGAUCAAGGAUCGUGUGAGGAACCAUAAAUAUAGGAGUGUUGGAGACCUGGAGAAGGAUGUGAUGCUGCUCUGUCACAACGCCCAAACCUUCAACCUGGAGGGGUCCCAGAUAUAUGAAGACUCUAUUGUCCUUCAGUCCGUGUUCAAGAGUGCCAGGCAGAAGAUUGCCAAGGACGAAGAGAGUGAUGAUGACAGCGAUGAGGAGGAUGAUGAGGAAGAUGAGUCUGAGUCUGAUGCCAAGUCAGUGUGGGUUAAGAUCAAGCUGAGUAAGGAGGGACGCAGCAGUGACAAAGGGAAGAAGAGGCAGAGCCGAGGGAAAGCCAAGCCGGUGGUCAGUGACGACGACAGCGAAGAAGACCAGGAUGACAAUGAUCAGUCAGACAAGAGUGACGACGAGUGAGGACGUGAGGAUAUUGUUUAUAUCACUUAUAAACAAAACAACGUUAUCUUCCAUCAAUGUCUCUUCAGGUUAUUCUCUGUAUCUUUUCAUUUGUCAUCUGUGUGUCCGUCUGUGUUGUGUUGUUGCACCUUCACCUACCAGCUUGGAAAUAUAUUACUAAUAAUCGAUAAGCUACAGCAAUAUCAAUCAGCUUGUAUUCCUGUUUCUAAGACAAUUUUGUAGUAUAUUUUUUAACUGUGUGCUUUAAAGGAGAUUUCAAUUGUGUAUGGAAAAAAAACAGAAAAGAAAAAAAAGAUUUGGUUUUCAUAAACGCUUUUGCUCAUUUUGUACUUGCUUGCACUUUUCGAGAAUCAAAUAUGAAUCGCCAGAUUUUUAAGAAAUAAAAUAUAUAAAAGUAUAAAUAGCCGAGGACACCUUUAGUAAAUUUGAAAAGCCACUGGUGAUAAAAACGAUGGCAAUCAAUCAAGUUUAACGUUUUUGGAUCAGUUGCUUGACAUUGUGUAGUACCCAAUUUUGGAACAUAGAGAAGUGUUUACUAAAGCCCACCCCCAAAAUUACGUCUGUCCAAUUAGAGCUAAGCAACUGUUACUCAGCUCUGCAGUCCUGUCAUGUUUCAGAGUUCCUCAUGUCAGUUACACAAACUAAAGAGCAGAAAGUGUAGGACAGUGAUAAUACUGUUUGUCAUCUGCUUUAACAUACUGUAUGUUGCAAAUGAUUGUAGAUGUUGGAAGCAUCAUCUCAAACUUCUAUCCAUAAUCAAAAACCAGACAGUAACUAUGAGGGGUGUGGUUUAGCUGACAGUCAUUACUGAAACAACACAAUUUUGAAAGUGUCAAAUAUUUCUCAACUUAUUGUCUUUUACAGCCAGCACAACAAAAUGUCACUUAUGCCCAAUGAAAUUUGUUCCACUCAAAGUGCUUUUCAUUUUACAGCUUUUAUUAAAAGUAGUGUAACCUUGCAUUAUGUAGGUGGCACAUGGUUUAGAUGAGUCCCUGUGUUUCAUGUAUCUUUCUUGUAUUGCUCUUACAUGUUGUCGUUUAUCAGAGCUGAAGCUCUGAACUUUGUUGUAACAGUUUCCUUCACUUAAAAAGAAGUGUUUGAGUUGUUAAGAUUGAGCGACUGACCUUCAGAAGAAUCUAUUUCUUUGUUGGUAGCACAUUAACGGGGGAAACAAGUUGUCUUGUUAAAUAAAAAGUGUCUUCAGUAGCAGUCCAUGUAGCUUUUUAAAGCAUCUGAAAGAAUGUUGCACCAUGUGAUGGUCGCAGCAACAACACGAAUGUAGAGAACAAAUGUUUGGCUUGAAAAGAUGGUAAACAAUAAUAAAUACAAAAAAAAACAGUAUUAUGGGAUUAGAAACAGAUUUGAAAAACAUUGAAUAUAACAGUAUUUUAAACUUUGUAUUGGUUUAAACAUUUGUUGAGGUGUUUGUGUUUCUAUAUUAGCCCUCAUUUAUUGAUUUCAAUGUUGCUUGUAGCAUGACCUCUUUUGGCGAUAUCCUGUGAACAUGCAGAUAUAUAAUUUUUUGUUUGUGUAACAUGUGCUUGCCGACUCUUCAUAGUGUGGCUUAACCUUUGCUUUCUUUGCACAGUGUCUUUGUGGUUGUAUUUCAUGGCCAAGGGCAAAUAAAAUCUCACGGAUUUUCAGCACAGAAAA